AUCAUCACUGGCGCGCCGCGUUCCUCUCUCGCGCACUCUUCCUCCUCUCCCCUCUCCUCCCUCCUCGCUUGUAAUGUGCUUCUCCCCCCGGCGUCGCACCUCGGAGCUCUUCUCGCCCCGUCCGCCAUGCCGCGAGGGUAACGUCGCCCUCUGCUGCAUCAACGCCCAACACCAUCAUCCUGGAUUCGACAGCCGCCACAGUCGUCCGCCACCGCCCCUCGACGCCCCGUAGCCAGAGUCGGGGCCUCUUCGCCCUCUUCGACGACCCGCGCGACGAACACUGCGACGACGACUGCGACCACACAACGACGACGACGACGGCGCGUCUUUCGCGCCGCGACGCCCAUCUCCACUCCGCCGCCCCCGUCUUCUGGCCGUCGGCCUUUGACUCCAACCGCCGCGUCCUCGCCGGCGUCGUCCGCUGCCCCGCGCUGCCCCCUGUCUCCUUCAUCACCAUGUCCCAGCGCCGUAGGUCCGCCGUUCCCGAGACGCCGCGCGUCAUUUCGCCCAGCCCGACGCCUUCGGAGCUCGACGCCGCCGAGUACUUCGGUCCCACAACCCGUUCCGCCGCCAGGAAGAGGGUCUCGACGCCGCACACCCUCGACGAGGACGGCGCCGAGGACGAGUUCGGGCAAGACGAUGUUCCCGGCCUGCGCAGGUCCCGAACGAGGAGCCGCUCGCCCAUCGACGGGCGUAAGAUCGCUCGCAUGACGCCCAGCAACUCGAAUCAGGCGACCAAGACAAAGACAAAGGCCACGAGCCCGGCCGCCGGGAACGGGAAGUUGGGGACCUCCAACGGUCAUCUCGCUCCCCCUCAACCUGCCGCGCCCUCGGGAUGGAGUUGGCGCGACUUCAGCCGUAGCCCCAGCCCUCUCGGACUGAUCCCGAUUCACCGGCACUGGAGAACAUUUGUGCAUAAGCACGAGGUCCCGCGCAAGAUCUUACACGUCUCCAUUGGCUUUUUCGUCGUUUGGUUAUACACCACGGGCACGCAGACGAGCUCCGUGCCGCCUUAUCUGAUGGGAGCCCUGAUCCCCAUCGCCACCACGGACUGGCUGCGCCACCGGUAUGAGUCUGUCAACCGGCUCUACGUAAAGAUGCUUGGUGCCCUGAUGCGCGAGAGCGAAUACUCGGGCUGGAACGGCGUCAUCUUCUACCUCCUGGGCGCUUGGAUUGUCCUCUACUUCUUUCCCAAAGACGUGGGUGUCAUGAGCGUGCUGCUCCUUAGCUGGUGUGACACCGCUGCCAGCACGUUUGGCCGCCUCUGGGGUCGGUACACCCCCCGUCUCCGGCGCGGCAAGUCUUUGGCCGGCUCCCUGGCCGCCUUCGUCGUCGGAGUGGCGACGUCCUACUUCUUCUACGGCUGGCUGGUUCCCACAAUUGGGCCCAUGCCUGGCGACGAGGGCUUCAUGUUCAAGGGCGCCUUGUCCCUGCCGAGCUCCGUAACGAAUGCGCUCGGCAUCUCCAAGGCCGCAGCCACCCUGACUGGCCCCCUGGCACUCGGUGUCAUGGGUCUGUGGUCCGGCUUCGUCGCCUCUACCAGCGAGGUCAUCGACAUAUUCGGCUGGGAUGACAACCUGACGAUUCCCGUCCUCAGCGGUAUCGGCAUCUGGGGCUUCCUCAAGCUCUUCUCCUAGACUCUUUAGACCCGUCGAUGGAUCUUGGUGUCACUCCACUCAUGACGGAAGACGAAACGGUUAUGCAUCGUUGGCGUUUGCAAAGGUUGGACGGGUUGCGGGUUUCGGAUUUCUCCGUUUCUUACCCAUUACGCUGAGACUUGUGAAAUGGAACAUGCAAGAAGUGUGAGUGAGGAUGGUUUGGAGUUGCACGGCCACGAGAUGAAGAUGGUCGCGCCAAUGGGACGGUUCGGUCAUUGAGAUGAUACUGAGCACUAAGUAGAUAGGUAGACUUACUCUUCGUCGUCACUGGGUCGGCGCCGAUGAGGGCUCGCCGGAAUGGCUCGUCAUCCCUUGGCGGUGAAAAAAGGCCGCGUCGUGUAACACCCAUGCGCGCAUGAUAAUGGACACAUUUAUAUCAGCUCGCAGCCGCGCCUGCAGUGACCCG